UCUAAAUGAAAGCACUUACAUAAAUAGAAAAAAAAAAAAAAAAAAUAAAAACAGCAUUUAUAACUCAUUCGACAGCAUUUCGAUCAAUUAAAAGUGGAACAGUAGCGGAAGAUCUUCUGUUAAAGGUAUAUUAAAUAGAAGUAUGAUUGGAUAUCAUUACUUCGAUGUGCGACUGAAAUUUCGGGAUUUUGAUAAGGUUGAGCUUACGCCAAUUUAUUUUCGGGGCUGCGUUUUGAACUCAUUGGAGAAAUUCUUUGGCGAAAUUGGCGGCAAGACUAGUUUGGAUAUUGUAAAAUUUAGCGUAGAACAGCGACGAGUUGUUUUCCGCGUGCCCGAGGAGUUCUAUAAGCGCAUCCAUACUGUAAUUACAUUGAUUGGGCAUUACCAGGAAGUACCGUGUCAUUUUCAAGUUCUGAAAACUUCUAAGACUCCGUUGGACUUCGAAAAGUAUUUUAUUGGAGAAGAUAAAGGUGAAGAAGCGUAACGAGACAAUAGUAAAGCAUGGCGUUCUCGUAUUGUAAAGUCUUCGGCAAAGAUAAGGUGAUCUUUGCCACCAAAGAGGAUCAUUCAACGCCCAGUACUGUUGAGUUGCCAGCACCAGAGCCGCCCCAGGGUCUCAUCACAAAAGAUGGCAAGAUUAAUUGGAGCUGCCCAUGCCUGGGUGGCAUGGCUACCGGACCAUGCGGCGUUGACUUUCGAGAAGCUUUCUCAUGUUUUCAUUAUAGCGAAGCGGAACCGAAAGGUUCUGAUUGCUAUGAGGCCUUCCGUAAGAUGCAGGAUUGUUUCCAGCAAUACCCCACUGUUUAUAAUAAAGCCAAUGGUGGAGAUGAUGACGACGAUGCCCUUGGUGAUGUUAUGAGUUCCGAUAGUAGCUCCAAUAU